GUUCCGGAAUGCUCCGGGCUUCUUGCCCAUAAAGCAAUGCUUGCCAGCGCCCGGGCUGUUCUUGAACGAACGCGGUCGGCUUUGAACGAAGCACUGAAAGAAAAUCCAGGCUACAGCCUUGUCAUCACCGGGCACAGUCUUGGAGCCGGCACUGCCAUACUUUGCACGAUCCUUCUCAAUGUCAAUCCGCUUGAUUCUCGACCUGCCAUGAAAUGCUUUGCUUUUGCGCCACCGCCUGUUGUUGGACCUUUAAAUAACCCAAGCCUGAGAGCUUUGGAGAUUCAUUCGUUCAUCAAUCGCGCAGACAUAGUGCCACGAGCCAGUCUGGCUAAUGUUUUUCACCUCGGACAGGAGUGCAUGGCAGUGGAUGGACUGGAGUUGGAUUUCUUACACCGCUUUAUUUUGAUGCGGAGAGAUCCGAAUCCCGAAAAUGACGCAGAAAAACAGGCUCUGCAAAAGGUGAUGGGAACAGUACACGAUUGCCGACAACUGCGGAAGCAGAAGGACCAUGAGUCCUUCCCUCCACUUUUCGUUCCUGGACAGGUGUACUGGAUCGAAUGGCUGGGUAACUCUGGCAGUGUGCAGGACACACCCGAGGCGACUGCGGAGAGAACGCCCAGGAUACACAUGGCUUCUGCCGCCGAGUUCCAGUCCUUGCUGCUGCGUGGAGGCACAAACGCCCUGAAGGACCAUUUGUGUGGCAACUACAAGGAAGCCUUGGACAAGUACAAAGUUCACCUGCAGGCGAACAACGGCUGCUUUUGUGUGGUCAGCUGA